AUGCUAUUUAAAAUUGACUAUUCAACUAUUGAAUAAAGCAAAAGAAUUCUAAUUACUAAUAUUGCAUAAUUUCCAAUUUUGGUAAGAAUAUUAGAUCAUGAUGCCUAUAAUUUUAUCCCAACUUUCUCAUUACUAAAAAGAGAUGAUUGUAAAUAUAUCCAGAUAUUGAAAAAAUAAUAUCUUAAUGAUUAUCGAGAUAUUAUAAUUGAUGCAAUAGAGUUUGAUGAAAACAAAAUUGAUUCUUUCGUAAUUUGAUUAUACUCUAAUUGUAAGUCUGUUCCACCGUUUUGGAACGAAAAAGUUCAAGGAUGCCUGUAGACAUAAUCUCUUUCUCUGCCAGCAGCUUCAAAUGUUAAUAAAUCUAAUUCUUAAAUUUCGUAAGAAAGGUUGCCAUCCAUUAAUUAGAUCUUUCAAGAUUAAAAGGUAGUAUAAAUUAAUAAUGAUAAUACAAUUAAAUUCAAUACUCAAAUUCUUAAAUAGAAUGCUUCUAAUAAUGAAAGUGAUUAAUUAAUUAAUAAUUAACAAAGAUUAAAUUCUUUAUAAUCUUAAUAAAAUAACAACUCUAUAAAGAUAGAAGAGGAUGAUAAAAAUCAAUAAAUUACAAAUCAUCAUAUUUUAAGAAAUUCAACCAAUAGUUUUGAAUCAUAUCAUUAAAUAUAAACUAAAACUAUUUAAUAACCAAUAAUUACUAUUCCAAAUGAUUUUAAUUAAUUUUUAGAUCAAAUUGAUUGUAACACUAGUCCAUUUUAACACUUAACACCAUCCCAAUAACAAUCUUAAACUCAUUCUCAGAAAAAUAUAAGUGAUAAUGCAUAACAGGAUUUGAGUUUAAGUGAUACUACUUCUAUUUAAAGAUUUGAAUAACAAAAAUAAUCAUACUUAUAAUAAAGUAAAUCGUAAUUUAAUGAAAAACCUAAAUUAAGAGUAUCACAAACCUUGAUAACUCAUCCAAAAUCAGUUAUUGAAAGUUAGAAAUAUUAAGAUUAAAAUAAGUAGAUUGAAUCUUAAAUCUAUAAAUAAAUUGUAAAUUAUUAUAAUUAUUAUUACAAUAUUAGGCAGAAUUGAAAAUAAGUAAAGAAGCCCUUUCAACUGAGUUAUAACAAUUAAAAUUUAAAGCUUUGUUCCAUACUAAAAAUAAAUAAUCAACUUAUCAAUAUCAUAUAUAUAUCUGGCAUUUACUUUUGACUAGUGUUGUAUUUUUAAUUAUAGGGAGUGUUCUUAAAAAAAUGAUCUCAUUAUUUUGA